AUGCAAAACGGAUAUGUGGGGUCUCUGUUGAUAGCAUGUGCACGACAGUCAUGUUCAUUUUCUUUGGUAUCAUGCAUGUGCUGGGUGGAACUCCUGUUCCAUAUCUUUUACCACGCCAUGCACAACUUAACACCUGUUCCCAGUAAGUAUUUUUCUUACUUUGAUAGCAUUGGAUUCCUGAAAUGAAAUAAUAAUGAUUAAAUAAUCACCUCUUGCUUGAACUGAACGGCCAAUAACAGGCAAUGACACAAAAAUAAGAUAUUGCUGUAAGCUUACAGCGUAUCCAACAAUACAAUCUUUAAAUGCAUAUUGCACUAGCAAUCAACAACAACAACAAAGCCUUUAGUCCCAAACAAGUUGGGUUAGGCUAGAGAUGAAACCCAUAAGAUCGCACAACCAACUCAUGGUUCUGGCAGAUACUCCCUCCGUUCGGAAUUACUUGCCGUGGAAAUGAAUGCAUUUAGAUGUAUUUUAGUUCUAGAUACAUCCAUUUCCGAGACAAGUAAUUCCGAACGGAGGGAGUAGAUAGCUAGCUUCCACGCACCCCUGUCCAUGGCUAGUUCUUUUGGUGAUAUUUCACUCCUUCAGAUAUCUCUUUAUAGACUCCUGCCAUGUCAUCUUUGGUCUACCCUAACCUCUCUUGACAUUAUCAACACGCUUUAUCCGUCCGCUAUGCACUGGAGCUUCUAGAGGCCGGCGUUGAAUAUGCACAAACAAUCUUAGACGACGUUGGACAAGCUUCUACAAUUGGUAUUAGCCCAACUCUAUCCUGUAUAUCAUCAUCCUGGAUCCGAUCCUUCCUUGUGUGGUCACACAUCCAUCUCAACAUGCGCAUCUCCGCUACACCUAACUGUUGAACAUGUUGCCUUUUAGUCGGCCAACACUCAGCGCCAUACAACAUUGCGGGUCGAAUCGCCGUCCGAUAGAACCUGCCUUUUAACUUUUCAGGCACUCUCUUGUCACAUAGAACGCCAGAAGCUUGGCGCCACUUCAUCCAUCCGGCUAUGAUUCGAUGGCUCACAUCUUCAUCGAUAUCACCACUGCAACAUUGACCCCAAAUAUCGAAAAGUUGUCCUUCUGAGGUAUCACCUGCCAUCAAGACUAACCUCAUCCUCCUCGUGCCUACUAGUACUGAAACCGCAUGUCAUGUACUCGGUUUUAGUUCUACUAAGCUUAAAACCUUUGGAUUCCAAGGUUUGUCUCCAUAGCUCUAACUUUCUAGUAAUUUCCCGUCCGACUAUCAUCGACUAGAGCCACAUUAUCCGCAAAGAGCAUACACCACGGGAUAUCUCCUUGUAUAUCCCUUGUGACCUCAUCCAUCACCAAACUAAAAAGAUAAGAGCUCAAAGCUGACCUUGGUGCAGGCCCAUUUUAAUCGGGAAGUCAACAGUGUCGCCAUCACUUGUUCGAACACUUGUCACAAAAUUAUCCUGCAUGUCCUUAAUGAGGGUAAUGUGCUUUGUUGGGACUUUGUGUUUCUCCAAGGCCCACCACAUGACAUUCCGUGGUAUCUCAUCAUAGGCCUUCUCGAAGUCAAUGAACACCAUAUUCAGGUCCUUUUUUUGCUCCCUGUAUCUCUUCAUAAUUUGUCGUACCCAGAAAAUGGCUUCCAUGGUCGACCUGCCAGGCAUGAAACCAAACUAAUUUUUGGUCACGCUUGUCAUUCUUCUUAAGCGAUGCUCAAUGAAUCUCUCCCAUGGCUUCAUUGCACUAGCAAUGUUUUUGUUAAUUGUCUAUUGCACAAUCUGAUUAGAUGAAGUGUGCUUAUCCAAUAACCAUGUAGGAGUCUGCUUCAUUAUCUAAACAAGAGUGUAGAAUACUGCUUAAUAUUAUGAUUUUCUUUGUUAUAUCAAACUCAGUUAGGUGAGGUCUUUUCGCUCGGAGAUUUGAUAUUCAUAUCGUGGACGAGUCUUGGAUCUGACAUAAUGAGUAUGUUACCUUUGGCCUCUGGUACUGUCACUGCCUUAUUCGCUGUGUACUGCUAUGAAGAGCAAAAAACUAGACUAAUUUUAUGCUCUACAUAUUGCACAUAUUAGGAUCACGCAAAAUGAUGCUUAUGUUACAAUGUCUUUUCUUUUGAGAUAAUUCGGUAGGGAAAUAUUGCGCAUUUAACUUCAUGGAAAGGUGCUAUUGACUUGUUGAGCCCAACAGAAAAGACAGUCCUAAAACAUGGCAUUGGCUAGGUUUCCUUGAACAAUAGGACAGUUUACCUUAGAGAAUUCAGAAUAGAAAGAAAGCUCUCUUGGAAACACAUGAAAACCUACAAGGUUGGUAGUGAGAAUGAAGAGUAAAUUAAGCAUGUGAGUUACCCUGUAACGUCAGACACUUAACAUGUGCCAGUGUUGGUUAAACCCAACUCUGAAGUUUGAUCCCAGAGGCACAUGCACACACAAGGCGAACCUAACAUGAGUUAGCUAGUGGUCCAGGUCCACCCUGAUAGAUGGAAUCCUGGAACCUCUGUCCUUUUUUCCUUGUGGAAUGGCAGGGUCUACCCAAUUGGAGGCGUUUACAUGGGAUGGGAACAAGUCGUCGUGUUGGGGAAAGGAGAUGUCUGUUGCAUGUUCCAGUGCCCUAGGAAAGUUAAAAGAAAAAGUCUACUACACUGUGGGUUAGCCUUAGUGUCUGGAAAAUAACCCGCGGAUUGAUAGAGGGUGGUAAAAGCACACGAGGUAAAUCGGACUACGGCCUGUCUGUGGACUGGCCAUGCGUGGGUGGCUCUGUUAGUCCAGUGAGUUUACCAAACCAUGUGAUGGAUCCGUUUGGACUUUGAAAUUAAGCAGGAACUGUGAAGACUUUUUCUCUUGGGGUUAGCUCUUAGCGGUGAAACAUUGUCGGCAGGUUAAUUAUUUAGGGUGAAACUGAAACAUGCAUGUCUGAACUUUCUUGAGUUUUGAUGGCAACGUGCAUGUGCAUGCACGCAUCGCAACAACUUUAGAAAUCCUGCCUCCUUCCUGGGUCAGGACUCGAUACAUUGUAGUACUCCUUUUCCCAUGCACUCAGAAAGGAGGACGUUGCAGUACCACUGUACACAAGAAAAAUCGAUGCAUGAGGGGCAAGACUUUUGUACAUGUUGAUAUAGUAUGAUACUGGUAGUAUACGAUGCUUCUUGUUUCUCUUCUUUGAGGCAACAAUAAUCCUCUUAGGCAAACUAUGCUUCUUGUAGUGUAGCUCCAGCAUGAAUUUGUCCUGUCAUCCACACUGGAAACAUAACCGGGUUAGCUAGAGGUAUAGGGUGUGGUUGCACAGUCUGCAUCACAAGUUGGUACGAGGCCUUAAUGCGUUGGACAUGGCCGCAUGGGUGCACGUACGUACCUCAUGACUAGCAUCAGACAUUACGGAUACUUGUCUCUAGCUAGCAAUGCUAUUAUUGACAUGUAUAUUAUAGAAAGAAAUGCUUCCAUACGAUGAUGUAGCAGUACCGUUCUAGUGCAGGACAAAUCCCCAAUCUCUCCUUGUCCGCAUGAUGAUGAUGCAGCAGCACUGUUCUAGGGCCAGGCGUACAUACGAGUCAGGUUUUCUCCUGGUCUUGGCAUGAUUUAUUUAAUAUGCGUAUGGGAUAAACAAAUACUGGUAUCUGUUGUUUUCUCACUGUAUUUGAUUAGUAGUGCUAGUACUGUAGUUGAUUAGCAUUGAAGAUUGAAUUGAAGCUAAGUAGUAGUACAUCACCAAUUUGUAGAGAAGAUUGAAACAGACAUCCUCACGUCGAGCCCCGCCAUUUCCCUUGCCGACUUGAUAAUUAUUCACCUCUAGGCUCUAGCUAGUAACACUUCUUCCUCUCUAAUUAAUGCAUGUUGGUGCUAAGUCUUCGAUCUUCACCUCAUUUAUGCGGGGAAGCUAGGUUAAUUAAACAAGUACAUGUUAACAGCGUGCGUCAGACGGAUCAGACCAGCAAUGCUAAUUUAUCUCUGAGUGUGUGUUUCAUCUAAUGGAAGGUCAACUCUGAACGUGCAUGCAUGCAGUGUCAAACAUUGAUCCAGACUCUAGAGCCAGCUAAGUGUGGCGGUGCCGCGUGAAGUGAAUGGUAAGCAGAAUUGCCAGAUCAUAAUGGCCAUUGGAGGAUGUAAUGCAUAGACUAAUAAUCAACCUUUGCUGCUAAAUACAGACAAAUAAGGCAGAAGGCCUUUACACACACUGCAUCCAGUACCAGUAGGUACAUGGCUCUGCACCUAUUCUAUGCUAGAUGAAUGUGAUCCAGCAAGCAACAUGACAGAGCUCAUUAAUUAGCACAAAACCAUAACUAAACUAGUUUAUCAUGCUUGUUUGUUUGUUUGUUUGUCCUGAUUAACCAGGGUGUGCAUGGAAUUAGCAGCUAACCUCCCUCAGUGACACCUAGCUUAGCUUCCAUCUUCCUUCCUGGCUGGCUGCUUCCGCUAUAAAAAGGCCAAGCUCUGCACCCAUCACCCUCCCCCUUUGCAACCAUCUCCAUACAUUGCUCUAUCUUCUCUUCUCUUCUCUUCUCUAAGCCCGUAGCAAAGAGGAAAGCACUGCCAUGGCCGGGGCUCAGACCGGGAGCAGCGCCACACCGUGUGCGUCAUGCAAGCUCCUGCGGCGACGGUGCACCAGGGACUGCGUGUUCGCGCCUUACUUCCCGCCGGAGGACCCGCACCGGUUCGCCACCGUGCACAGGGUCUUCGGCGCCAGCAACGUGAGCAAGAUGCUGCAGGAGCUCCCUGCGGCGCAGCGGGCCGAUGCUGUGAGCAGCCUGGUGUACGAGGCCACCGCGCGGAUGCGGGACCCUGUCUACGGAUGUGCCGGCGCCAUCUCCUACCUCCAGCAGCAGGUCUCCCAGCUCCAGGUACAGCUCGCCGUGGCGCAGGCCGAGAUCCUCCAGCGCAUCAACCACCCGUCCCCGGCGGCUGCAUUUCAUCUGCAAGAGCUUCAGCAGCGCCAGGUGCAGCAGCAGCAGCAAAUGCAGAUGGAUGAUGAUGACAAGGCGUAUAGCAGCCUCGUCAUGCAGAAUGAUCUGAUGAGCACGCUGCUGCUACAGGAGGCGUGCCUUAAGAAAGAGUCCCUAUGGACAUGAUCAUUAUGUGGCAUAACUGUCUAGUGUUUUUCUACUUUGAUGAUUCAUAAACAGUGUCUCUGCUUCUGUAAUUUUCUGAAAAUUGGGAAAUUGAGAAGAAAGUUGAUUGCUUGUGACACAUGUU